AUCUUUGAUUUCUUUUCAGCCAAAGUUACGAAAAACCCAAGGAGGGAAGCAAGAGAAAAAAGUUAUCCAUCCUUACAGCAGAAAAGCUGCGCAGCUUGCAAGGGAAGCACACAAACAGGAGAAGAAAGAAAAGCUGAAGACUGACAAAGCUUUGCGUUUGAGUAUCAUUGCUGCCUUCAUACCUGGUACACACAUCAGAGAAAAAUUGCAAUGGUUUCAAAGUCACCUUGACCCCAAUAAAAUUGAGUACACGAAGAAGGAAGCUGGCGAACUAAUUGAAAAUUAUAUGUGUCGAUUCAAUGCUGAAUUGGAGCAGAUUGAAUUACAAAACAGUAUUAAAGGUAGACAAGGAAGACAGCAUGGUUCACGGGAAACUGUCAUCAAGCAGACCAUAGAACGUGAAAGACAGCUCUAUGAAGGCUAUGGAAUAGAAAUCCCAGACAUUAUGAACAGAAAGCAUCUUAAAUUUUUCAGAGAAUGGGAUGGUGAUCUGAGGAAACUACCAAACAUCAAAAUGAAAAAGCUCUCAGCUAGGGAUGCUGCUUGCAGUCACCCUGAGGUGGCAGAUGUGGAAGCUAAAGAAGAAUUGAAUAAAGCAGAAGAGGUGGUCUAAUGAGCACCAGCUGAUUCAGGAGCUAACACAGCUGAAGGGAAUUCUCUUUCAAGAGUAAAAUUCAUUAUAAUUGACUUCUAGACUUUCUUCCCCAAAAGAAGUAAGUUUUACGAAGCUCUCAAAAUGUACUAGCAAACCUAGAAGUAAAGUGGCACUUGAAGAUUCACUAUAGCCUUUGCCUGAACUUUCUUCUAGACUGAUUUGUUCUUUUGACUGCAUUUUUCAGGGCUCCUCAUUUGUAGUGUAGAAAACACUAUGCCUUAUUCUGCAAGGAAGAAACAAUGCUGGCUCUGUCAAACUGGCAUGACCUCAG